AUGGCCGCUAACCGACAAUGGAUGAGGCUUAACUUUCUUAUACUCCUUCUCCAACUGGGCAGCUUGGAGAUUGCCCAGGCCAACAACCAGGCAUGCAGCAGCCGUCAGCAGCAGUGUACUCUACAGCCACUGCAUCGUUUGAUGGAAAGUCGCCGAAGCGAGAUGGAUGAUUAUGACGAGCAUCUUGUUUAUAGACAACCAAGUGAGCGCAUUGAAAAGCUCGAGGAUCGCAGCAGCCAGUUGAAUCGAGAAGACAAUCUGCAGACUGAACGUUCUUUUCGGCGAGUGGAGAACGAGCUGUCACGACGAGUAGAGCGGGAAGAACGUGUCCAGUUGGAUGCUCGUGAAGACAGUCAAGACCGUCGCAUGGAAAUUCAACGAAAUGAUAUUCAACGGGAGGAACGCGGAGAUUUCCGAGGAGAAGAACGCGCCGAUUUUCUUCAAGUAGAACCCAAAGAUCUUCGAAGAGUAGAACGUGCCGAUUUUCGUCAAGAAGAACGCGAAGUUCUCCGAAGAGAAGAUCGCGACGAUUUCCGUCGAGAACGCGAAGAUCUCCGCAGAGAAGAACGCACCGAUUUCCGUCAAGAAGAACGAGAAGAUCUCCGAAGAGAAGAUCGCGAAGUUCUCCGAACAGAAGAACGCGUCGAUUUUCGUCGAGAAGAACGUGAAGAUCUCCGAAGAGAGGAUCGAGCCGAUUUUCGUCAAGAACGCGAAGUGCUCCGAAGAGAAGAUCGCGACGAUUUCCGUCGAGAACGCGAAGAUCUCCGCAGAGAAGAACGCACCGAUUUCCGUCAAGAAGAACGCGCAGAUCUCCGCAGAGAAGAUCGCGAAUAUCUCCGAACAGAAGAACGCGUCGAUUUUCGUCGAGAAGUAAGUGAAGAUCUCCGAAGAGAAGAUCGAGCCGAUUUUCAUCAAGAACGGGAAGAUCUCCGACGAGAAGAAGGCGCCGAUUUUCGUCAAGAAGAACGCGAAGAGCUCCGAAGAGAAAAUCGCGCCGAUCUUCGUGAAGAACGCGAAGAUCUCCGAAGAGAAGAACGUGCCGAUUUUCGCCAAGAAGAUCGCGAAGAUCUCCGAAGAGAAGAGCCCGCCGAUUAUCGUCAAGAAGACCUUGCUGAUCUCCGGAAAGACGAAAAGACAGAUUAUCGUCAACUGGAGCGCGAUGAUAUCCGAAGACAGGAUCGAACCAAUCUUCGUCAAGGAGAACGAGAUACAUCCCGACGACAAGAGCGUGAAGAUGAAUUUGUUAGACGUGAUGAUCGUAAGAUACAAUAUGAUAGCCGGCGUGAAGAAUGGGAUGUAUCUCGAAGACAAGAGCGUGAAGACAGGCAAUUAAAUCGACAAAAUGAAAGUUCUUUCCGUCUAGUGCGAGAAGAUCUCCAGCUGGUGGAUACUCGAGCUGCACAAAGAAACGAUCGAUCCCUGCGGGAGGGGCGCGAGAUUAACCAACAGACGGACCGCGAUGAUCGUCGCCGUGAGGCAAGAGUUGAACGUGUGGACGCAGAUCGUAUGGAAAGGCGAGUGAGUCGAGAGGAUAUGCGACAAGUGGGGACUGACCCGAUUCGCCAAGAAAGUAAACGUCGUGAGCGUAGUUCCAUUGACCUGGAAGUACGACGUGGAGAUCUCGCUCGACGUGAGGAUCCCCGACAGGAGCAAUCCGACGAUCUUGCACGGCAGGAACGAGUUGAACGUUUGGAUACAGAACGUAUGGAAAGGCGAGUCAGUCGAGAGGGCAUGCGUCAGGCGGAACUUGAUGUAACGCACAGGCACAUGAAACGCAUCAAUCUCGCUCGACGUGAAGAACGUGAUGAUCGCCGUCGGGAGAAGCAAGAUGAUUUUCGACGGGAGGAACGUAAUGACCUCCUAAAUGAAGAACGAGACGUUUUCCGACGUGAGGAACGAGAAGUAUCUCGAAGAGAGGAGCGAGAACAACGGGACCAUGUGGAAGUUCGGCAUGAAAAUCGACACAAUGAACGAGAAGUUCUCCGACAGGCAGAACGAGAUGAUUCUCGAAGACAGGAGCGAGAAGAACUCGAUCUUGUAAACACUGAGCAACUGGAAGGGCGAAUGGAUCGAGACAGUAUGCGACGGAAGGAAACCGAACUGACACGAAGGCAGGAAAGAGAAAACGGGUUGGAUUCUCGCUAUGGUGAAGAGAUUAAUCGGGUUGAAGUCCGACAGGAAGAGCUAUAUCGCCGUGAGGAACGAGACGAUCUACGACGUGAGAAACGAUCUGUUUCUCGAAGACAAGAUCGUGAAGAUCGAGAUACAAAUCGUCAUACUAUUUACACAGAAGUGCGACAAGAUGAUUUCUCUCCACGGGAGGAACGCGACGAUCGCCGACAGACAAUUCGAGGACAGGAGCGUGCAACCCGCCAAAUUGCGGAUGUGGAGCGACAUGAGCUGCGAGUAAAUCGAAUAGAGAAUGUGCUGACACGACGAAAGGAGCGAGAUGAGCUUAAGAGGUUCGAUACUUGGAACCGUUUAGGCACACGACAAGAACAGCUUUCCCGACGUGAAGAACGUGAUGAUCGCAGACGAGAGGAUAGAGUCGAUAACCGACUGGUGGAACGAGAGGAACGUGUCGAUGUGGAACGCACGGAAAGGCGUGUGAGUCGUGAGGCGAUGCGACGAAUGGAGGACGACCUAGCACAAAGACAGGAACAGGAAAAUCGGGAGCGUAAUGUAAAUGACAUCGAAGCACGACGCGGCGAUCGCCGACAGGAUGACCGCGACCAUCUCCGACGUGAGGAACGUGCCAACCUUCUACGAAGAGAACGUGUGGAUGAAGAUAAUCGGGAGGAUCUGCGACGGGAGGUGAAAGAUAUAACACGAAGGCAGGAACGAGUCAAUCGUCAGUCCGAUGCCAAUGACGAGCAAACCCGACGCAACCAUCUUCGACGCGAGGAGCGUGAUGUAUCAGAUAGAGAAGAGCGGGACGCCGAUCCCGCUCGGCAUGGAGAACGCACUGAUCUGCGUCAAGAUAAUCUUAACCGAGAACAACGCGUUAGCCUCCGACAAGAAGCGCGUGAUAAUCUUUAUGGUCGUGAAAAUCUGGAAGACAGCAGGUUGAGUGCCCAACGGCGACAGGAACGAGGCUUAUCGGAACUGUAUGCCGAAAAGAAUCUGGAAAACAAGAAGCCCAGUAUCUGGAUAAGCAACAACUACACCAAACAAGGACUCUUGAUAGCUGGUCAGGCGCUGAUAUUGCUAGUACUGUAUUCCAAGUUGACCAGCCGUAAGGGACAGCAUCUGGGAAACCGGCUGGCUGAACAUAUCCGGGGCUUUCUGCAUCCCGUUGAAUGCUAAGAUACUAAAACAAGGCUUUACGAGAAACCCGAUAUACUGAUACGCAUAAAGUACCUAUGAGCCCCAUGUACCCCCAAUAUCGUAUAACCUAAUGAGCAACGAGUUUAAGGCCGAGAGUGGAUCUGAGAUGUAUCUGUAAACGCAUUGUACAAUUUAUUCCAACUGUUACGGAAACUGUAAUCUACACUGAACUACAAACAAAUAUAAGUUAUAUAUAGUUGAGCAUA